AUGGAGGUAAUUGAAGAUGGAAAUAUUAUGGAUAGAAUUCCUAUUCUUUUGCAAAGGGACUUCCAAUAUUAUGAGGAAAAGCAGACAGUAUUAUCCGAGAAAAUAUGUCAAGGUGUGGUUGGCGGGAGAUUAGAUUUUCCAAGGAAUGCGUCAUUUGCUGCAGUGAAGAUCGUUUUAUGGUUAGAAGAAGAGUUUUACAUUGCAUUCAACCAAGGGUCUGGAAUGUUUGUGACCAUAAAUGCUGGCAAAAGCGAUGACGGUGUGGCAAAAACAUCUGACCCAGACAAAUUCGUCCAGCUUGCAAUAAAAUCUAGCGAUUCCUUACUUGAACAUCUCCACGUACUGGCUCAAGAGGCACUUGACCACGCUGAUCUUCCGGUGUUAACCGCAACACUUGGGGCCGCCGCGUUACUGAAAAAUAGUCUGUAUUAUUAUGUCCAACAUGUUGAAGAAACCGGCAACACUGAGAGAUAUUCUCGAUUGCAGGCAUGCUACAAACGUUUUGUGACCAUGGCGGAAGCUGUCGGCGAGAGAGUUCUCGAUCUCCACAACCGAGUUCUUUCAUUGUACAUUCUUCAGGACUCUGGUGGACGUCCCAUUGAAGAACAGAGGCCUAUACAAACUGGCACGCCAUCUGUACAAGGGUGGUGGCUUUAUAUGAACGGCAGCCGCAAAGACUUGUGGGAUACUGUACCACCGAGAAUGGCGCAGAGGAUCUUUGCCGGCAUGCUAAAUGAAACAUUGACUAUCCUCACUGUGAGGUAUUGUCAGACCAAUACAACAGAGGCAACAACGCCGUUACUGUUAAAUGAUAUAUUGAACAUAUUACUCUGUGUGGCUCAACUUUUACCUUCGAUUUGCGCCAGUGGUGCAGACUUGGCUGGAUUGGACAUUCCCAAACAGACGAGAGACGUGAGAGAUCUCCACGCUAAGUGCAACGAGCUGUUUAAAUGUAUGAUUUAUAGAGGAGCCGAAUUACAUUUUCUACAUCAGGUGUUUAAGUCAAAAGAGGAGGGAAUAACGGCUAAAGAGUGCCCUUACCCAUGGUUUACUUUCGUCAGCCCAAAUUUGUUCGACAGUUUCGACGAUUUCAGCGUUAAACAUACCAAGGAUCUUGCAAACAAAACUGCCAUUGGGUUGGAACUAAUAGUUCUACUUGCCCAACCUCAGCCUUCGUGGCCUUUGUUGGUGAAGGUCUUAAUGAUGCGUGACUGUCAUCUUGCUAGAAUAUUACUACACAACGCGAUUCUUAAUAUGUCUACUGACAACGCGCGUUGGCCAGCUGACGGACUGUGGUACAACGUUGAUCAAUAUCAGCAAAAGUGUGGGGGCUUUUUGUGUACAGCUGAUGGAUUCUGUAGAUUCAAAGGCACUACUGACGCUGGGGAACAGUACGCCCGAUGUGCCGGAGCAUUAGCUAACGUUCUAGCUACCAUUGGCAGUAAAGCAGAGCUAAAAUCUACAUUAUGUUAUGCUCUGGAAAUUUCUGGAAGGGACUGGGCGUCUUGUUUGGAUAAACGUCAAGUUUGGUGCGAUCGUCGCCCGCCGUGGCUGGCUGGGAUUUUAGCUAUGGUCGGCACAGCGCUACAAUUCAUACCACCGAUAUUAGUUAAUACAGUGCAAAGUGGAGCGUCGAUGUACCAGACAAUGUCCCUUUGCCUGAGUUGCAUUUCAAGAUCGCUGGACUGCAUACCGCAGUGCUUCCUUAACGCGGCGUCGAUUAUUGAGAACACUAUACCGUCUAACGUGAACCCAGUCGGUGGAUCGAUUUUGCUGCAGAUGCUUAUUACAAUUACUUACGAGGAAUUGCAGAAGUGGGCGAAGAAGGAAGCUGUUAAGGAAAAGUCUGUUGCAAAUGGCGAAGCACAUAACUUGAACACCAAACAUAGUAGACCGAAAAUGAAGCAAGUCAGGAUUCGGAGUAUCGCUAAUGCAAACAUGUCCAGCUCUGUGAGUUUUGACGGUGCGUACAGUUCUCCGUCGUCGAUAGCGCUCGCUAUAGCCGAGGCGCUUUGCUCUAUAGAUGAAGACGAUAAGCACACGCAAGAGAUACAAACCCUAGUGGCCCAGUCCAAAGCAUCCUUCGAACUGUCCAAUGAGUUCGGAUUGCAAGACUUUCCGGAGUUCGCGGAGUUUUUUGAGGAGGGCAAUGUUCCUGCCGCAAACGCAGAGCGAGCGAGUGAUGCUGCUAUUUUGACUAAUCAAAUAUUAAUGACAUCGGCUGGAAGAGACAGUCUUCGGGUUAUCUAUGAUCAUCUUCAGUUGCACUCGGAAUGGGUUUAUAAAGAAUUGGGAAUUCAGGAGACUUGCGACGUGGAAAUACCAUUGAACAAGGCCCCGCUCCUGUAUAUCAUGUUCCAUAUCGGUCGAAGACCUUUCGAUCAGUUUCUGAGAGGCGAAUGGCCUAUGCCAUGGAGCAAGCUAGUAGCCGUUGCUAAAGCUUGGUCGGGCGUCGAAGGCGCCAAAGUCCAUAUCAACAGAAGAACUGACGUACGCAACGUGAAAACUCAUGGCAAGUGUAACAAGCAGUUAUUGGAGCUGUACGGGUUGUUUAAAGCGCCACCUGAAGGACUUCUGUAA